AGUCAAAGGCACACCCCUAUUGUCUUGGGGCUGAUUCUUCUUGUUUUCCCUUUCCUGCCGGCUACGAAUUUACUGGUGACUGUUGGAUUCGUGGUAGCUGAAAGAGUACUUUAUAUCCCUAGCCUAGGUUGCAUCCUUCUAGUGGUCUAUGGAAUCCAAGUAUUGUGGAGUUUCUAUUCUUCCCACCGCCAAACAAUAGUGUGUUUCGUUAUGUUGCUGUUAACGACGGGAUGCCUAAGAACUGUUGUGAGGAAUAGAGACUGGCGAUCCAGGGAGUCUCUACUGAGGGCCGGCCUGAUGACGCUCCCCCACAACGCCAAGAUGCAUUACAACUACGCCAAUUUCCUCAGGGACUCGGCCAGGCCGGAGUUGGCUAAGACCCACUACCACAGGGCGCUCAAAUUGUGGCCGACUUACGCCAGCGCCCACAACAAUUUGGGAACUUUAUUGAGCAACGAGUUCGAAGCGGAACAGCACUUCCUGGCAGCCAUAAGGUAUUCUGCUGACCACGUCAACGCCCAUUACAACUUGGGCCAGCUUUAUAGGAAGAGUAACAGAUCGUCUGAAUCCGAACACAUGCUACAGAGGUGCAUUUCGCUGGAGCCGAGAUUUACUCCGGCUUACAUCGAAUUGGCGCGCCUUCGUGGCCCGAAUGACUGGAGCGUGAAUCGGUUGCUCAAGAAAGUGGUAGAUUUGAAUCCCACCGACCCCUAUUACGGCACCACCUUUGGUCACUGGCUCCUCGAGAAGGGUAACUAUCAAGACGCUCUUCGCUACUACUGGAAAUCGUUAAAGAUAUCGGCCUCCCAUCAAGAGGCUGUUAUAGGCGCAGCCAAGAUCCUACGUAGAUCUGGUCAGAAGUCGAGACUUUUUCAAUUAGUGACAAGAUGGCACCUAAUUAUGAGGAUGAAAAGAGGAGAGCUACUUCUCAGCCCUCACGUGUACCUACAGGGCUGGCAGUUGAAAAGUGAACUUAGCAACAAGGCCAAGGAAUACGACAGCAGUCCACAUUUUGAAAGCCACUGUGUAACUCCCUCAUCAAAAACGAACAACUACUCAACCGAAGAGGAGGAUCCUCCUAACAAAUGGACCCGGCAGAGGAAGAACAAAACUAACAGUGCCCCGAAACAGUGUAAAGUUCCGGAAAGUAAAAUGCAGAAACCGAAGCCGUCGACCCCUCUAAUGGUGCACCAUCUGUUGGACAGUGCAUAG